AUGAACAUAACCCUUAAGAACAAAAGCCUAAAGGCUUUUAAUAUCCUCAAAGCCGGUAGCAUUCUUGAUGAUAACCGCCUGGAAUCAAUGCGCCUUGACGGGGGAAACGGAUACUGCGCUGUGGGAUUUGCCGACAGCGAGACCCCGCCACAUACCAACCCAAGAGAUGAGUCCGAAUUUCAGCUCAUGCCAGCAUACGGAAAAAUUACUACAACCAUCGACUUGCUUGAUGUUCGUGAUGCAUACAAGUUUUGCGGUAAUGGUACCGCUGUUCUCUCUAUCAAAGCUACUAUUCAUGCUGCCGAGGUUGGGAAUACAACGCUAGUCCACGAAAUUCCAUACGAGCUGCGCUUCGCCGCGGUCUAUCAUAAGUUUUUCCCCCCACUGCCGAAAGUCUUUGAGGAGAGGGUCCAUAAAUGCUCCCCUGAUUAUCUGAGCGUGCUCAAGGAAGGCAUUACCAACUGUGCUUCUCUAGCCACAGCGGCGCGGGAAGCUGCCUUGAACGGGUCAGCUGAGCGAAUGGAGGCCUAUUUCAAGGACUCGAGCCAGGAUACCAGGAACUCUGUCGCCGAUGUCUUUGCUAAAGUUGCUGCCAUGUGCAACUUUGAAAAUUCACGAGUUUAUUACACUUGCAAUCAUUGGGUAUGCGGGAAAGAAUUUGCCGGUGUAUUGCGCCAUUCAGACCCAGGUCAUGUGGCAUUUUGCAAGAGAGGCUAUUAUCAACCUAUGCUUCCAGAUUUUAACGAAGUAUCCUCGGUCACUCAUACUAUUAUUCACGAGAUGACUCAUUUAGAUUUUGUCAAGGCUACCAAGGAUCUCGGAUACGGCCUACUUCACUCGACGGACCUUGUUAAGGAUGAGAGCCUCCAAAAUGCUGAUAGCUACGCCCUCUUCUCUGAUGCAGUUUAUCUAAAAGAGGAUGGGCUAAAUCAAACGAGGGCCGACGCUGCAUGGCAGAGUACCAAAUGGAUCUGGUAUGACUCUAACAAAUUAGGAAAUUUGACUAGAUCGGAGUUCCUAAGUCUUCCACCCGCUGUUCGUUCAGCGCGAUUUGGUUUUGUGCUUUAA